UAUUACACAUUUGGUGCAAAUUAUAAUGCGCUCGGACUCGGGGAUAACCGCCUACGCACAAUUUAACAAAAGUGCCCAAUAAAAAGCAAGAAAAGCAAUAUGUGCGCAUCGAGUUGAGGGCGCAUAUUUGCAACGUGACGCAGACGCACACAAGCUUAAUGCAAAAACAAGUCGUAAAUACAAUAAAGAGUUAAUAAUUUUGUCACACAGGGAGUGCGUUAAAAAGCACCAGCACCGAACGCGCGCGUGUGUGUGCAACUGUGGCGGGGUGUGCGGCAGCGCUGUUGUGGUCAAGAUGUGAAUUUAGCUACGAAUGUUGGUGCGACGCCCAAAGACCAAAACAAAACCCCACUGCCAGGACAAAUGAGGCUAAAUAUAGCGUGCAAGCAGACAAAUAAAUACAAAAACAUAAAAAAGCGGAACAUUUCACAACAACUAAUUGCAUAGUGUGUGUGUUUGUGUGUGCGCGAUUGUAGAAAGUGUGGACGUCAGGCGUUGGUCAGCUCAGCCGCAAGCCAUGUCCAAAAUAACGCUGACCACCUUAACGCAUGGAAGCAGUAGCAACAGCAACAACGACACACGUACAGGCACCCUGACCCAUCUUAUGGAGGAGCACCAUCAUCAUCACCACCACACAACUACUGCUGCUGCUGGUGGCGGUGCUGCUGGCCUGAUUUCCGAUGGAGCAGAACGUUUGCGCCGACAAGGCAGUCGGAUGCAAAGUUCGCGCUUCGCCUGCAUGCGUUGCUGCGGCAAUUUCCUUACCUAUUUGGUGCGCCUGCGCAGUACGCCCGAGGAGCUCGAACAACGCUACAAGUCCAAAGAAAUUGAUAAGUCUCUGGAGCGAGAGAGGCAUACGUUUCGACGGCAGGUAAAACUACUGCUCUUGGGCGCGGGCGAAUCGGGCAAGUCCACCUUUCUGAAACAGAUGCGCAUCAUACACGGCGUCCACUUUGAGGCCGAACUGCUGCGCGAAUACCAACAUGUGAUAUACCAAAAUGUUAUAAGAGGUAUGCAAGUCUUACUCGAUGCACGAGAAAAACUUGGCAUCUCUUGGGGCAACGAUGGACGGGAUCAGGAUGCUAACGAUGCCAAAUCAAUGGAAUGCAAUGCUAUAGAGGCCGCUAAAUUUAUAGAAUAUGCACCGCUCAUACAACGACUGUGGCAGGAUCGUGGCAUACGACGUGCCUACGAGCGAAGACGCGAAUUUCAAAUUAGCGAUUCUGUCAGCUAUUUUCUAGACGAAAUCGAACGUCUAGCCAAACCUGAUUAUGUGCCCACACACAAAGAUAUACUGCACUGUCGCAAGGCAACGAAAGGUGUCUACGAGUUUUGUGUCAAAAUACAGCACAUUCCAUUUGUAUUCGUAGAUGUGGGCGGUCAACGCACGCAGCGUCAAAAGUGGACCAGAUGCUUUGAUAACUCGGUCACAUCAAUUAUAUUUUUAGUGUCCAGUUCGGAGUUCGAUCAGGUGCUUGCUGAAGACAGAAAGACAAAUCGCCUGGAGGAAUCCAAAAACAUAUUUGAUACCAUUGUAAACAACAACACAUUUAAAGGCAUUUCAAUAAUAUUGUUUUUGAACAAAACGGAUUUGCUUGAACAAAAAGUACGGAAUCCAGAGACUGAUAUACGCUGGUACUAUCCACAAUUCAAUGGGAAUCCACACUCGCUGCUGGACGUCCAGAAUUUCAUACUGCAAAUGUUCAUGAGUGUGCGUCGCAGCAGCACGAGUCGCAUUUAUCAUCACUUCACCACUGCCAUAGACACGCGGAACAUCAAUGUGGUGUUCAAUUCGGUUAAAGACACAAUAUUGCAACGAAAUUUGAAUGCACUGAUGCUGCAGUAGGAUGCACUGAGUGUUGAUAAAGGGACGCUUGAAUCUCGAAGCUAGAAACUCUGACAAUCUAUAUAAAAACACGAAAAUAUUUUUAUAUAAAUAUUGUAUACAUAUACAAAUACUAUGGAACAAGUGCCAGCUUUCAAUUUUGCACGGUCCGAGCCGCGCCGUCCGUUUCAGCGGCAAAACGCAUUGUUGUUACCUUUUUAAAUUAGUCGAUAAAAUAUGAAAGGAAAUGAUUAUUUUUUUAGCAUUUACAUGUAUUAUGCUGUAUGUAUUUUAUUUAAUUUAUACAUAAGUGUACAUAAACUAAAAACUGUGUGUGUUCGCAACGGCCGCUACCUAUAACCAUAAACGACAGCUAACUGAAAACAACGAUCGAGUGUGCCGUUCUAUUUUUUAUAAACAUAUUUAUUGAAUGCAGUGGGCGGAAGCCUCUGCAUUUUGCAAAUGCUACCAAAACGUACUAAGCUCCGUAUUUUUUUUAUUUUUUAUUAAGCAGUUCAUUUUGCUAUUACGAUGUUAUAUUAUUAUACUAUAGAUCUAGAGCAUAUACACGCAUAUACAUAUAUUUUAUAGAACCGAGUAUAUACAUAUUAUAGUUUACACGGAAGGCGAGAGCUAAACUUUAAGCAGCAUUUUCUCAAAGAGAAAAGUCAACAAAUGUACCAAUAAAAAUAAAAAACAUUUAAAAAACAACAAGAACCAACGUUAAUAAAAACUAUAAUACCAAUAAUA